GUAGGAGACGAAGCGCUUACGCACGAAGAUUGGUUGUACUUGGAGUUUUUGAGGAAGUUCGAGAAACAGUUCGCUUCACAAGGUCAGCAUGAACGUCGCACAAUUGAAGAAUCGUUAGACAUCGCAUGGCAAUUGCUACGAGUUUUUCCGAGAGAAAUGCUCAAAAGAAUUCCCGGAAAUAUUCUCGACAAAUAUUACACAAGGCGUCACAAUGACGUUUGCACUGAAGAAUUUCGUGUCCUUUCUGUCAACCACUUGAUUGAAGUUAUUUCAACAGAUGAGCUAGAUGUGCGAUCAGAAGAGCGGGAAUGUGACAACGGUUCGAUGGCGGAGGACCACUAUGAAGAAUCGGAGCGUCGAGAGUUCCAUUGCCUCGAACAACGGUACCCCAGUCUCAGCGUUCGUUGCUCUUUCUCAGACAUGCCCUGCACCAAUUUAUUCAAGACAUCGGAUAUGCCAGGUCGUCGGCCUCGUCAUGUAGCAAGUCGGAAUCCUCAGAUGAGGCUUACAAAAGGUGGUGUAUCAAUAUAG